AUGGAAAUAUUAAAGUGCAUUUCUAUUCUCAUCUUCAGUUUGUCUCUGCUUAUUGCACUAAGCAAUGGAUCAAAUGCUGAUGAAAGAAAGCCCUACAUAGUUUAUAUGGGAGAAUUACCAGAAGAUACAACCUUAUUGUUGGAUGAUCAUCACAGCUUGCUUUCAGAGGCUAUUGGAGACGAGACAAUAGCUAGAGAAUCAAAGAUACAUAGUUAUGGAAGGAGUUUUAAUGCAUUUGCUGCGAGAUUGUUGCCUGAUGAAGCAGAAAGAUUAUCGCAAAAAGAAGGGAUUGUGUCCGUAUUUCCAAAUACAGUGAGAAGACUUCGAACAACAAGAUCUUGGGAUUUUAUUGGAAUGACGGAGACAGUACAAAGAAAUCAACAAGCUGAGAGUGAUACAAUUGUUGCUGUCUUAGAUACAGGUAUAUGGAUGGAAUCACAAAGCUUCAAUGACACAGGCUUUGGGCCUCCCCCUGCUAAAUGGAAGGGCAAAUGUGAUCAGGGUGUCAAUUUCACUGGUUGCAACAACAAAGUGAUUGGAGCACAAUUUUUCAAUCUAGACAAAAAAGCAGCCACUAAUGAGAUUAGUCCAGCAGAUUUUGAGGGACAUGGUACACACACAGCUUCCACUGCUGCUGGAAUACCAGUCCCUGGUGCCAAUUUAGAUGGCUUUGCCAAUGGAACAGCCCGAGGAGGCGUUCCAUCGGCACGAAUCGCUGCAUAUAAAGUAUGCUGGAGCUCUGGUUGUUCAGACAUAAAUCUUUUGGGAGCGUUUGAUGCUGCAAUUAGUGAUGGUGUAGAUAUUGUAUCAGUAUCCGUUGGAGGACCUGCAAGGAGUUUUUUCAAAGAUUCAAU